AUGCAAGAAGGUAGGAUUAAGUUUCAUUCUGGCUUUGAACAAGGCGGAGCUGGCGAGAAUAAAAUUGCAAGACAUAAAACCUUUUCUUUUCCUCCUCUAGUUCAGAAAAAAAGAAAAUUAGUUAACUAUACCUAUCUAAAUAUGAACUUUGAUAUUCCAGAAGCAGAUCCCGAAGCUGGUCCAGGUCCUAGAACACAAAUACAUAGAGAGCAAAAAAAGAAAUUAGUUUUAACUAUAAAUGAACUAAUAAAAUGGUUAUCAAAACCAGAAAUAAAAAAUAACAAAAAAAUUAGAUCCAAAUUAGUUUCUAAAACAGAUAAAGAAUGGUUCGAUCUAAUGGAAUCAAAUAUUAGUGAACCUA